AUGUCGUGGGAGCUGAGGCUGUUUCCUCACAAGCGGUUUCAGACGUCUCGACAUCCGCUUUUGCCGAGAUUCUGGCUCAAGAACCCAUCACCGAACCGCACAGCUGUGAUGCCUCAAUGUGUGCUUCGCCACAUCUGCGCCUUCGCAUCUCUUUUUGCGGCUGUGAGAGGCACUGUCAGCUGUGUUGAUGCAUUCUUCGUCCCCACGGCUGCGAUCUAUCAGAAGAGUCCUUUCCUCCAUAUUGAUGCCAAGGACGAUCGCGAGUCGGUUUCUGAAGAUGUGGCUCUCCUGCAGCGUUCCAGAGCCAAGACGAACAGAUCGGACACGUCUGCUGGCGCAGAGUCUCCUGUCGGGGCAAAUGACUCUUCAAGCAUCGCUUCUGCGAUGAAGCCGUGGUGUCCGAAAACGAACGAUUGUCGCCGUUUCCACGAUUACAGCUGCAUGAGGACCGACAAACAGCAGGCUGCCGACUUGCUGAUCAGUGCCCACUCAAAGCGGACGGCAUCGGCAUGUCAAUUAUGCCAGCUCGCACAGAAUCCGUCCACCACGAUGUACGCUGUACAGAGGGACGAUUGGGCUGGCAGUCGUGUCGGACAAACCGUGUUGAGCUUGGCGUAUGCAGCCCGGAACAACAUGAAGUUCGGAGGUUUUUUACCGGCAUUAUCCAAACCUCAUACACUUCAUGCAGGUGAUGUGCCGGCAGCCAUGAGCGCUUUCCUAGGUUGCAACUAUUCGGACCUGGUUGUGCAGGCCGAAAAUGUCCAGUUUGAUCGCUGUUGGAAUGGAGUAGAUACGCUUGGUAGUGGCUUCGCUGGCCAGGAGAUCCUUCUGGAGGAGUGCAGGGGCGUGGAGUGCCGAGAUCAGGCGGUUCUCACCUCAUCGUUUCUGUCAGAGUUGCGAAAGUCCACCUUGAUUUUGACGCACUCUACACCUUACUUCGAAGGGAACGGCAUGAAGGUUGCCAUUCAUAUGCGCCGAGGGGAUCGAGUUCCACAGGGCUCUGCAAAGGAUGUGAACAGCAAGCACUAUGCAUCCGACGCCUUAUACCUGAAUUUCUUGACACUGCUCCGGCAGCAUAUGCAGAAUGCUGAGAUUCAUGUCUUCAGCACAACGGAGCGUGACACCACAAGCGAAGAUUUCGAUGUCUAUAGAAACCUUGGCGUGCAAGUUCACUUGGAUGGUGACAUUGUUGGAGACUGGGCUCAUAUGGCUCAGGCCGAUCUGCUUGUCACUGCUCCCAGUACCUACUCCUGGGUAGCUGGCCUGCUCAACGAGAAGUGUGUUGCCAUUUUCAAUAUCUUCACGCUCCCCAUCGUAGUGGACUGGAUUGAACUGAGUGAGGACCUGCACGAGUUCAAAGACAUUGAGAGCUGCCUCUCAAAGAGAGGCUUCUAA